CCCAUUCCCAUUCCCGGUCCCGGUCCCGCCCUGCCCUGCCCUGCCCCGCCCGGCCCCGCUCCCUCCCCGCAGCAGCUGCAGCGCUUCAAAGUGAAAUUCCGGAGGAAAUUUAAAGAGCAUCCGGAUCCGGAGAAAGACAGAAAGAAAGAGGAAGGGAGAGGGGAAAAAAAAAAAAAAAAUUUAAAAAAAAAAAAAAAAAAAAAAAGGAGGAGGCGGCGGCCGGAGAGCAGCGGGACCCGGCGGGGACGCGGGAAUGAAUCCCUGUGGAGGCAGAGCUGGGAAGGAGCCUCAGAGCAGCUGAGAGAGCCCUGAGGAGGAGGGGACACCCCAAAAACUGCACCCCAAAACCUGCACCCACUGUGGCCUGCUGCCCCCAGUGACAAAUGUCAACAGCUCGGGAGCAGCCCAUUUUCAGCACCCGGGCUCACGUGUUCCAGAUCGACCCGGCCACCAAGAGGAACUGGAUCCCCGCGGGCAAACACGCCCUGACCGUCUCCUACUUCUACGAUGCCACGCGGGGCGUGUACAGGAUCAUCAGCGUGGGCGGGGCCAAGGCCAUCAUCAACAGCACCAUCACCCCCAACAUGACCUUCACCAAAACCUCCCAGAAGUUCGGGCAGUGGGCGGACAGCAGAGCCAACACGGUCUAUGGGCUGGGCUUCGCCUCCGAGCAGCACCUGGCGCAGUUUGCAGAGAAAUUCCAGGAGGUGAAGGAAGCUGCUCGUGUGGCCAGGGAGAAAUCCCAGGAUAAAACUGAGCUGACCAACCCUGCCCUGAGCAUCACAUCCCACCAGGUGCUGCCCAGCCCCGUGCUGGGCUCCAACGGCCCCGGGGAGGACAAGCUGUUCCGCAGCCAGAGCGCCGACGUGGAGAGCGGCAGCGACAGGGAGCGCCUCAGGAAGAUGCUGUCCGAGGGCUCUGUCAGUGAGGUGCAGUGGGAAGCUGAGUUUUUCAGCCUCCAGGACAACAACAGCCGGCUGGUGGCGGCGCUGCACGAGGCCAACGCCAGCGUGGAGCAGUGGAAGAAGCAGCUGCUGGCCUACCAGGAGGAGACUGAGAGCCUGAGGCACAGGGUGGCAGAGCUGGAGUCUCAGGGCACUCAGGACUCCUCCAGUGACAACAACAAGGAGGAGCUGAGCCAAACCCUGGAGGAGCUGGAGCUGCUGCUCAAGGCCAAGGACGAGGAGAUCCAGAUGUUGAAGAGCCAGAGGUGCGGCCGCUGGGAGGCCGAGGGCGAGCGCGAGGAGACGCUGCAGAGGCUGCAGGAUCUGGAGGCGCGGCACGCGGAGCUGCAGCAGCGGCUGGCGCUGGCGGAGCAGAGCGCGGCCGAGAGCGCGGGGCAGCGGGAGCGGCUGCUGGGGGAGCUGCGCCGGGCGGCCGAGACCAUGGACGGCAAGAUCUCGGAGCUCAGCGAGCUGCGCCAGGGGCUGGCCCGGCUGCUGGAGGGCAACUGAGCGGGGGCACCCCGGG